UCAUGCGAAGGAUGCGUUGCUUAGGGUUGUUUUUAAUUUUUUAUUGCCCUGGGUUUUGUUUCGAGCGUGGCCUUGCGGGCGUCCAUCAUGGCUUCCCAAACGGUCGAGAUUGCUAUUGGAGCUCUUGUAACAGCGAGUUCGAAAUGUGAAAUCAUUGGCGAAGUAGUGGAACAGAGCAUUAAGAUGAUGAACCAAACAAAUACCUAUCUGGAACAACUGGCUGCACUAUCGUCGUAAGUUUUCAUGCUGAUGCUUGGUAGACCUUCAGUGAGCUCUUGUCAACUUAGUGAAAUUCCUGGGUACCUGCCGAUGUUACGAGGAUGCGUUGCCCGAAAGAUUAGUGACAACUUACUGCAUUGGAAGGAAAACAGGCGGGAGCUGUGUGCGGCGGCCGGCGACGUUGUGCGGAAGUGUUCGGCCGCAGACGCCGCCUACCGCGCGGGCGGGCCGGGUCUGCCCUCCGAGUCGUCCGACCCGUUCUGUCCGCGGCCGCACGUUCUCCUGGAGACCACCCUCGACUGCCGCGACGCCUUCGCUCAGGUGCAAUACUUGCUUUUCGUGGAGGAAGACGAUUUUUCAAACUCAUCACAGGAGGAAGUGACAAAUAUUUUAGAAGACUUAAAAGAAGUUCAAGAUAUUUUGCAAGCUUGUCAAGAACGUCUGGAGGUCUGUCGACCGGUGCUGGACGCCGAGGCUGAUGACGUCACUCGUGGGUCGUCCCGGUGACAGCUGACAGAGCUGUCUCCGGGCUGACGACGGCUGCCGGUGACGGACACUGCGGAUGAUGACAGCCCAGUUGGGUCGUUUCGCUGACAAGCCACCGUGGCUGACGGUGGUACUGGGCGGAUCCAGAGGUUUACGGCUGUGGAGGUGGUCAGAGCACUUCGUCUCGAAGACAUGAACUGUCUUGUCUUACGACAUGUGCGCUGGCAGCGAUUUUACUCCUGCCUUAUGAGUGACUUAAUAUAUCGUUUUGUUUGGGAGUUUUUUUUUCUACAGUCGCUGGAAGUUUGCGACAAACGUAGUAGUAAGGCACAUAUAAGCAUGUCGUAUAACUCGUAUAACUUAUCCACGAAAUAGACUCAAUGCAAAUUAUUUGUUUUUCGUUCCGCUAAUGUACAGCUUACGCCUUACUUACAUGAUACAACAGUGGUUUGCAGUUGUACCUCAAUCCUUUCGAGUCAUUUUGUCUUGAGUUACUAGCGUUUCUCAUUAGCCUGCCAGAUGCCAGUUCAAGCAAAGCCAUAAAACUUGAAUUCAAUUUGUCACUCCCCGACUCUCCCACCGUUGGCCGUUAUCUGGUUGACAGCAAACGUCUGUUGAGACUUCGACUGUUCAUCAACUUGUCUUUUUGCUUUCGCUUAUUGUAUGACCCUCGGAACGAGUGAGUUUCACCAAAAUUUCACAAUCAAUUGAAUUCUCUUUACCCUAAAUAGCAGCCAGCAGCUACGAACGUUGGGCGAGAGAAUAAUGCAGCUAAAUAAAAGGUUCAUUCAUGUUGGCGGUCUACAAUUAUGGCGCGCCAAGGCGGAAGACUGGCGAGAGGCGAGAGAUGUGUGUUGUGUUGGAUAGAUAGGUCAAAAUAAAUUGACUUGGGACUUGUUAUCCCAUGAAUUCAAGUGGGCAGCUAACAGAAGGCGCCGUCAAUGGACAGAGACCUGGUGGUGACGGUCCUGUUCGACUUCGAGUACCACUCCAGCGAUGGCCAGCGCGUGCACAUGCACAAGGAUGAGGAGUUUCUGGUCAUACAGCAGACCAACAGCGACUGGUGGCAGGUGAUUAGGAGCGGCGAGAGGAAGCCGUUCUAUGCGCCCACUCAGUAUCUGAAGGUCCAGCCCCGACCGCGGCCCCAGCUGCCGCCCAAAGUCAAACCGGUCAAACGCAAUGCCCGCGAUAGCAGGAGGGCGCCGCUCUCCAUCACUGACGCCGAGCGUCACAUCAGCUGCGAGGAUGACGCGCCCGGUGACGAGACGCCCGGCCGGCGGCGCUGCAACUCCCUGGAGGAUGCCGCCGCCGGCUCGUCCAGCGUGGAAACGCUCGACGACUCUCCGCCGGCCCCGGUCAGUCGGCCGGCGCCUGGAGGGACGCCGCAGGCCACAGAGCUGUCUGCGGCGGCCGGUGGACAGUCUGACACGACUCCCGGGAGGGGCGCCACGCCGCGACUGCCGCCGUCUCGACACCGCCGGCCGCGCAUCUCCAAGGACCUGUGGGCGCGCAGAAAGUCCUGGUCGGUGGACGAGCGUAGCCGGACCUGGGAGCUGGUGAGGCCGGAGGCGGCGCCGGCGCCGGCCGCCGCCACCAGCACCGCCAGUCUAGACGGCAGACACAGGGCCCCGCCGGACAAACGACCAGAUAAGAAGGCCUCGGCUGCUGCGGCUGCGGCGACGGCGGAUAGGAGCAGAGCUGGAGCUGAGCAGGGUGCUGUACCGAGCGCUGAAUCAAUCGCUGAGCUGAGCGCUGAACCAGGUGCUGCAGCUGGUACUGUGGCCAGUGCUGUGGCUGGUAGUGCGGUGGGAACUGUGACCGGGCCGGUGGCGGAGACAGCAGCCGUGGUGAAAACCGACAGAGUGGCUGCGACGGUGACCGUACCCGAUACCUCUGCUGUGAAUGUGCCAUCAGCUGCGGCGGCGAUCGAUCCUGGGCCCGGUCCCAAGACUGUGGUUGGAGCCAGAGCAGAGCCGGGCGUCGGCACGGACCCUCGGCCGCCGCGACCCGCCGAACGGCCGGUACCCACCCCGAGACCGACGGUGGAGGGGGCUGAGCGGCGACCGGCGCUACCGUCGGCCGUCAACAAGCCGCCGCCGCCGCCCGUGCCUGUUCCUGUGACAGCAGUGCCCGCCGCGUCGGUAAGGGAUGCUGCCGACCCGUCUGCUAGCGAUGGAAGGACGGGUGUAAGCGGUGUGGCCCCGCGGCCGGCGGGGGAGAGUGGGAGUGACGUUGGACAGAGGCGAACCUCAUCGGGAGGCGUCGAUAGUUUAGAGCCAGUGAGGGCAGCUGCAGUGAGUGCGGACAGUGUUGGAGCUAGUAGGGUAAAUGUAGAGUCAGUGCGGCCCGAAUCCAGGCAGCGAGCUACCGAAGAACGAGUGAGGAGGCCAGCGCCAAGGCGAAUCGAUGCACCUAGUGUAGAUAGUUCUAGUAAAACUAACCGGGCUGUCACAGAGCCACCUCAAAGCACAGACUCAGGACGUGUGACUGGAGACAGUGCCAACAUAACCGGAGCGUCGGCGCGGGUCUCUGGCGGCGCGGCGGCCGGUUCUGACUCGUAUCGAGUCGCCGGGGAGGGAGCGGAAGGUGCAGGUCAGAGGAGAGUCAGUAUAGAGAGUGCGGGGUCUCGCCGGGUUCCCGUGGACAGCGUGGAGGUCACGGCGCCCAGACAGCAGGCGGGGAGUACCACGGAGGCCGCCGGACCCAAACGGGAGCACGGCCGGUUCAAGCAGGAGGUGCUGAAGCUGAUCAGCCGCUCCCGCCGCUCAGAAGAACGCCGCUCGUCGGAUGGAGCGCCGUCCAGGAGCCGGCCGACGGCGGAAUUCUGGGACAGGGGCGGCCCCAGACAGCAGGACGGCCGGCCCGCGCCGCCGCCGGCCGCUCAGAAACGUCCCACCACCCUGGAGCGGGAGACGGUGACGAGUGGCGACAGGUCCGCUCCCAUCAGUGGUGUUAUAAUGAAGUCUGCGUCUGUCGAGCUGACACGGACCGUCGCCGGGCCGGUGGAGCAGGCGGUGGCUGCGGAGCGGGCCGAGCGCGGCCCCCGGCCGGACGUGCUACCCUCAGCGGACGGCUCCGAGUCACCCCCGGGCCUCCACCGACAGACCUCCUACGACCGCAGUCUGCAGUCGUUCAGCACCUUCUCCAACCUGCGCUCGGCGCGCAUCGACCUGGCCGGACACAACGCCAGCUUCAAGCGGACGGCUGAGCGGCUGCGGCGGCCGCCGGACCGCGAGGCGGACCGCUCGCGCCGGCCGACCGCCGGCCGCCAGGUGGAGCCGCCGCGAGUGGACGGCCCGCCGCGGCCGCCCGUGCCGCCCAAGACGCUCCAGCUGCGGCUGCAGCCGGCCGCCGACGGGCUGCCGACCACCCCUGACGACGGCGACUGGUCGGACUCGGAGCCGGCGGGAUCCGAGUCGGAGAGCGGCUCCUGGGAGCGGCUCGAUCAGAUGAAGGCGGCGCUCUACUUUGCCAACCCGCUGAUGCCGCGAUCCGGGCUGAGUCGCUCGGCGGACCACCUGCCCGUGCCGCUGCCACGCACACGGCUCACGGAGAUAUCCCCUCCUCAGUCGCGGCAGCCGCCGCCGGUACCGCACAUCCUCGAGGCGCCGAUCCGCAGUCUACACGACGGCUGGGGCGAGUACCUGCACCACGGCAGAAAGUACUACUACAACGUCGACACGCAGAGCAGCACCUGGAAGCCGCCCAGACGAAACGUCAAGUCGCCGGCCACCAGCCCGGACAAGACUGUCGGUGACCCAUCCCGCCCCACUGCCGAGGCCGGUACCCCGGUACUGGAGGUGGAUGUACCGCUGGUACCUCUGCCGCCCGGCUGGAGGCGACGCGUUGACUCAACCGGAGAACUCUGCUACGUGCGGGGCAGUUCGCCUACCAGGUGGUACAGUAACCAGAACGAGGACGACCACGUCUACUUCUUCAAGGAGGGCAGCAACUCCUCCACCUGGACGCUGCCGUCGGCCGAGAACGGAGCUAGUCAGAUGGCCAGGGACACGGAGUCGGUGUCGCCGCGCCCGGUGCCGGUGGGCGGCGUGCCCUCCGUACUACAGGUGGCCCGUGGACAGCGCGGCCGCUCUCUGGUGUAUCCCCCGGCUCCGACCACCGAGCCGCCGCCGCCGCAGCUCGUCUCCGGCAACCAGACGCACACCAUUCUGAACCAGGGCACGCUGAAUCACACCCGGCUGGCCAAGGAGACGUCGUGGAGGGCCCGGAAGAGCUGGGCGCCGUGCCGGGUGGUGCUGACGGACCGGUCGCUGUUCCUCUUCAAAGACACACGCAGCAACGCAGGCAUGCCGCCACACUGGGGUAAGGCCGGACUCCGACCGGACACCAACGUCGACCUGGCUGGGGCCUUUGUCGACUGGGAGAGGGAGGCCUCCUCACGGAAAAACGUCUUCCAGAUCCGCACCGUGUCCGGACUGAGGCUGCUGCUGCAGGACGAUGACGCCCUGACGGCCAACCACUGGUUCGACGCCAUCAAGCGCGCCAUCGCCGGCGUGCCGUGCUCGACCAACCAGCUGCCCGUGCCGCGCCAUGUGACGGCCGACGACCGGCUGACGCGCUCCCGCUCUGUGCGCUUCACAGCCGGACCCGACAGCCAGGAGGACCUUUCCAGGGAUAAUAGCACGAUCAAAGAUAGGCUGAGGCGCUUUUUCCGCGCCCGUCCACCGGCAGACUCUCUGGUCAGCCGGGGCAUUCUCAAAGAUGAGCCGGUGUUCGGCGGCCACCUGGCUGCCCUGUGUACCAUUGAAGACAGCACCGUACCUCGGUUCGUAACGGAGUGUAUCGCUGCCAUUGAGGCCAAGCCGGAACACCUGCGGAUGGACGGCGUGUACCGGGCGUCGGGAAAUCUGAGCCAGGUGCAGCGUAUACGCUGUGAGGUGGACCAGGACAACUACCAGGUACUCUAUGACGAAGAGGACGUCCACGUGCUCACCGGCGCACUCAAACUGUUCUUCCGCGAGCUGAAGGAGCCUCUGAUCCCGUUCGCUGUGCUGCCCGAGGCUCUGCGGGCCGCUGGACUGACGGCCAAGCCCGACCAGGUGGCUGCCUUCCGGCGGAUGGUAGUCGCCCUACCGCCGCCCAACCGGGAUACACUGGCAACGCUGCUGGCCCACCUGAAUAGGGUGACCGAACUGCAGGAGUUUAACCGGAUGCACGCGCACAACCUGGCCAUCGUAUUCGGUCCUACGCUGAUGUGGGCAGAACAGGAGUCUCCCGACCUGGCGCUCGACCUGAUGCGUCAGAACCGCGUGGUCGAGGCGCUGCUCGAGCUGCGCACUGAAGUGUUCGACUCACCCUGAGUUGAGUCGGAGACGGAGGGUGACGUAUGAGGUAUGACAGACCGUCAUACCCAAUGACGACCGGUAUGAUGGCAGAGGGUCUGGAGCGCCGCUGUGGGCCUCAGCUCCUGUGUCUGCGCCGCGCCGGAGCGGUGGUGAAAGGGACGGCAGUCGACAUGGUCUUCUGAUCUGAGCCGUCCCUAUUGGUGCUAGAGAGCUCUUGAGCUGUGGCUGUUGUUCGCCUUUCUGCCAGACGGCAUUUCAGAUGGUGCGAGAACGGCAAGAUGAGCUGCUCAUGACAUGUCUUCGGUGGUGUUUUACCACCACAGUCGCCACGGCUGGGGUCAAUCAAAGCGGCCCCCUCUAAGCAGUGAUCAAACGAGGUGUACUAGCCUCAGUGCCAGUGCCGGGACGGUAGCCCGGCGGAUUUUAUCGUAGGUUCGGCGGACUGGGGGACCGCCGUGGAAACUUAACUUGCCGGCGGUCUGUGGGCGUAUAUGUGGACGCCUGUGGAGACUCUGUGGACGCCUGUGGACAUCCAUGGAUAUGUCUAGGGAUGGGCCGUUGCCUGUAAGCGACACACGCACUGCUGCACUGAUCACCGCGGUAGCGCCACUGUGUAAGUGAUGUGCGUGUGUGCGUGUUUGCGGUGCGUAUGUGUGAACGGACGGUGACCACUGACACCCUUCCGGCCGCCGUAUUUGUGGCGUUACGCGAUGUUGUUACGCUUUCUUCCGUGCCUAUCACAGCCCUGGCGGCACGGGUGCGCCGUUUUGGCCGCCCGGCUGCCGCCUGCGCCACGGAGUGUCUUUUUCUCGUCUUCCUCUGCGUUCCGCGUCCGUCCGACUCUAUGUUUUCGAGUCGGCGACAGUGAUACAGGAGAUUCCAACCAUGGCUGCAUUUGUUAACAAAUCUGUAUUAUUACUAUUGUAAAUGAUGUAUAUUGAGACUAUAUGAUGGUAAUACAAACACGCUAUUGCA